GCACUUGACGGAAAUAAAUCAUUUUAGAAAGUUCAAAGUCCGGGAGGCUUCUUGGCUUGAUUGACGCCUCAACCAGCCAAUAGGGAGCCAGGACGAGCCUGGCCCAGACGCUCCUGAAUAAAAAUCCCUCCUCCUCCUCCUCGGAGGCGGACGAGUCUCCACCGACGCAUGCAGGAGCGUGCGCGCAGUGUGGACUUGGAGACAAGACACGCAACAAGACUGCACCACUUUUAACGGCACAAGAGUGGAAAAAGACAAGACUUCCGGCGUGACAACUGACUGACGCUAUAAGCAUGCAGCACUACGGAGUCAACGGCUACUCGCUGCACGCCAUGAACUCCCUGAGCGCCAUGUACAACCUCCACCAGCAGGCGGCGCAACAGGCGCAGCACGCGCCCGACUACAGGCCCUCCGUGCACGCGCUCACCUUGGCGGAGAGACUAGCUGACAUCAUCCUGGAGGCUCGUUACGGCUCUCAGCACCGCAAACAGCGCCGCAGCCGCACGGCCUUCACCGCCCAGCAGCUGGAGGCCCUGGAGAAGACCUUCCAGAAGACGCACUACCCCGACGUGGUGAUGCGCGAGCGGCUGGCCAUGUGCACCAACCUGCCCGAGGCCCGCGUGCAGGUUUGGUUCAAGAACCGCAGGGCCAAGUUCCGCAAGAAGCAACGCAGCCUCCAGAAGGAGCAACUGCAGAAACAGAAAGAAGUGAGCGGUGAAGGAGGAGCUGAGAAGGACGCCACCCUUGCACCCUCCACCGCCGCCCUUCCCGACCCGCAGUUACCUCCGUCCACCUCCGCUUCUCUGGAGACGGAAGGCCCGGUGGUGCGUCAGGUCCCGCCGGACACAGAACUGAACGUCACGUCGGCCGAGCAGUCCGGCAGCGAGUCUGCCACGGAGGACAACGCCACAGAUAAGGAGGAUGAGAGGAAAUGUCAGCGAGAGGACAUGCAGAGCGACAGAGCGGUGACACCGGGAGACGUUUCUUCACCAUGCAGGAGACUCAGCCCGAAACCAGACUCACCACUCGUCUCUCCGUCCGUGACUCCUUCCUCGUCCAGCAGCGGCCUGACCGGCAGCGGCGGCGGUCCCCUCUCCCAGAACCACUCGUACUCUUCCUCCCCCCUGAGCCUGUUUCGCCUGCAGGAGCAGUUCCGCCAGCACAUGGCCGCCACCAACAACCUGGUGCACUACCCCGCUUUUGACCUGGCCGCCCCGUCUUCGCUCCCCUACCUGGGGAUGAAUGUCAACAUGCCCCCGGCGCCGCUCGGUACCCUGCCCUGCCAGUCUUACUACCAGUCGCUGUCCCAUCACGCCCAGCAAGUGUGGAACAGCCCGCUGCUGCAGGCGUCUGCUGCCGGCGGACUGAGCAGCCACAACAGCAAGACCACCAGCAUUGAGAACCUGCGGCUUAGGGCCAAACAGCACGCCGCCUCGUUGGGGCUGGACACCUUAUCUAACUGAGAGUUCCGCUUGGAUGGAGGCCUCAGUCUGUGUCGAUAGCAACUUUUCCUCCUCCUCGAGUGGACAGACAGGAAAAGUGGACGGCAUGAACAUCUUCAUGAAAAAGCAUCGACGGCUUCUGCUUUAAACUCACGAUUAAAACAGUGAAACCUUGGGAAAGAAUAUGAGAAGCGAACCAAUCCAUACAGUGAAUGUUUCUACUCAAGGACACUGAUGUUGUAAUUCUGAACAAAAGUUGAAGACAAAUAUGGAUGAUGUUUAUAAGAAUAAUGUGAAUAUGCGAGGCACUUUUUGAGGGACCCAGCAUGGUGAUCGAAAGGUAAAAGAAAGGUAAGGAGCCACAGACAUGACAUGACAUGGGGGAAUUGUGACCAUAAUAGAGUUAUAAUGUGCAUGAAAUACUAAUUUACGGUCAUAAAGUUGGUAUAAUGUGCGUGCAAAAUACUAAGCCAAGACCACGAAGUAGGUAAAACGAGUGCACGAAAUACUAAUUUGUGGCCAUAAAGUUGGUAUAACGCGCGCACAAAAUACUAACUCGUUGCCAAGAAGUAGGUAUAUUGUGAACACGAAAUACUAAUCUGUGGCACCGGCAUAGGUAUAAGGUGCGUACAAAAUACUAAUUUGUGGCCACGAUGUAGGUAUAAAGUCAGCACGAAAACCUAAUUUGUGGCCCAAAAGUUGCUUUGACUCCAUAGUGGACAGUUGGUUUAGCAAAUGGAGUGCCUCUUCUUAAUAAAUGGUAAAGUAGAGGGUAAAUGCCGAGGCUAAAGCUACACAAUGGACAGAGAUACUGUAAAAUGAUUUUAUUUGACUUUAUUUUUGGCUGGGGAGAAGCUACAAAGGCAUUUUGAAAAGCCUGACACUGUAAGGAAUCAUUAUUAUUAAGAGUCAUUUCGGAGGAUGAAUGAAUAAAUAAAUAAACUAUUGAGAGCCAGGUUGCUUUACUGUCGCGACCUAUGACCUACGAUAUUGUGUAUUGCAUGUUUCGAGUGAAGACACACUCAGUUUGCUUACGGAGAUAUUCAAAUUGUUCAUGGGAUUGAUGUCAAACCCACAAAUUGGAAUUGUGUCCGCACUUUAUAUCUAUGUUGUGCAGUUUAGCCCCCCUCCCCCUUGUCAUGUCUACAGCUUGAUAGAAAGGAUAUUGUGACAAGCGCAGAAAAAGAAAGAUGCUGAAGAACAAGACCUAUGCUGAACUUUUGCAAUGUGCACAACAUGUAACAACAUCUCAGCUUACAUGUAAAAGCAAACAAUGUUUUCCUCAACGGCAUAAUUAAUAGUGACUAAUUGAGCAUUUAUACGCCGCUUUAUACAGAGGCUGGCUCCAUAAUGACAAAUGUUUUCAGUGACUAAAUUCUCAAAGCAUUUUAAUUACAUUUGGCCCGAGGCGGAGGAGGGCCGAGGUAAUGAACAUGCAGACCAUUUAAGAUCAUCUUUAUCAGUUAUCAAGGUCGGUACACUUAAGUUGUCAAAUGUCACUUGACAAUAAAUUGAUCAAAAUUAUGAAUAAAUGAGUAAGAGUCUCUAGAGGAAACAUGCUGCUUUUCAAUGAAAGUCCCACUGACUGUUAGCACUUCUGACGCUGGCUGAUAAUAUUAAUCAGAAAUAGGAAGUCUCCAAACGGGGUUAAAAAAAAAAAAAAACAUACAACAAAAGAAAAAUGCACAUUAUUUUAAUAAGUGAAUUAUAAAAUCUAUCUAAUAAUGUUUCCGAAUAGUAUUGUACUAUGUUGUAUAAUUGACAAUGAACUUUUAGCUGUAAGAUUGUAUUUGCUCAUCCCCUUCCGCCUCUCCUCAAUGGAUGGAUCCAUUUACUGGUUCUGCUUUGGAACUGAUGAGAAAGAAGCAAAACAUCUGCACUGCUGUGCUCUCGCAUCCUGCAUUGGAACAGGAAAGCUUGAAGAAAGCAAAACUAUUUCAGUGAGUGGUCGGCCCCAAGCCCUCUAUAUGUUUUUGCUGUCUCGGUUCUAUUUGUGUUGGGUUGUUCCGCUGUUGCUGUUUGCCUUUCUGUCUUUGUCCACAACUUGGUCCAGUGGUACGUGGUAGAUACUGUAGAUAAUGAUGUAUAAGAUGUGGAGGACAGAUGUUGUCUUUCCUCUUUUCAAACAGUGUAGACUUAGUGUUGUUGUAAAAUAUACGCAAAUAAAAAAACUGCUUGAAGAUG